UGACACUUGUACCUAUACUGUCAGUUCCUUUCCUCAAAAAAUAAAAUAAAAACAAUACAGAAUAUUUGAGGAUUUAAAAAAAUGUUCUUUAAGUGGUUUACUACCUUUGAAUCAGUUAAACCAGAUGAAAAGCAUGAAAGUACACCUACUGUACAAGAAAAUUGCAUGAAGAAUAUUGGUUUCGUCUCAACCAAAGAGGAAGAUACGCGUAUAGAAACUCAGCAGAACAAUGAAUUCGGCAACAUACACCAAAAUUUCAAAAAUAAGUUAUCUUUUAUAAUGGCUAAGUUAUCUUUCCCUUCACUGAAAGCAGAAGAUAGCAAAAUCAAUCAAAAAUGUAAUCGUAAAAAUAUUGCAGCAGCAAUAGUUGAAGACAAUCUUAAACAACAAGAAAUCGAUCAGCCUGUAGUGGAGGAAGAACAACCAGUCGAAACGAUUCAAGAAACUAUUCAAGAAGGUAAUAAAAAAUGUAAUAAAAAGAAGGAAUCGGUUUUACCAGAAAAAAAGUCUGCUCAAACAUUUAAAGAAGAAAAAAUUGAAGAAGAAAAAAUUGAAGAAGAAAAAAUUAAAGAAGAUAAAUUUGAAGAAGAAACAUUUAAAGAAAAUAAAUUUGAAGAAGAAACUGUUGUAGAAGAAGACAAAGGGGAAGAUCCUCAAGACAUUUUAAGAAGACAAUGUCGCGAAACUGAGUAUUGUCAACGUUUAGUUCAAAUAUAUGAAGCGUGUAAUGAAAGAGUUAACUCAAGGCCGCAAACUGCAGAAACCUGUGUAGAAGAGUUAUUUGAUUUAUUAAAAGCUGUUGAUAAAUGUGUUACAAAAGAUCUUUUUGAUAAAUUAAAAUAGAAU